GGCCCCCGCGAGCUCCGGAGCGGCCAGUGAGUUCACACCCGGCUUCUGUUCAGCCUUGGACUGCGCGCAGCCAUCGCCGUCAUGCUCGGCGCCGCUCUCCGCCGUUGCGCUGUAGCCGCAGCCGCAGCCGCCCGUGCCAGCCCUCGAGGCCUCCAGUACUCAAGCCCGGUCCCCGGCCCCGCCGCCGCUGUCCAGUCUCUUCGCUGCUACUCCCAUGGGUCACACGAGACAGAUGAGGAGUUUGAUGCUCGCUGGGUGACAUACUUCAACAAGCCAGAUAUUGAUGCCUGGGAAUUGCGUAAAGGGAUGAACACACUCGUUGGCUAUGAUCUGGUUCCAGAACCCAAAAUCAUUGAUGCUGCUUUACGGGCAUGCAGACGGUUAAAUGAUUUUGCUAGUGCAGUUCGCAUCCUAGAGGUUGUUAAGGACAAAGCAGGACCUCAUAAGGAAAUCUACCCCUAUGUCAUCCAAGAACUUAGACCAACUUUAAAUGAACUGGGAAUCUCCACUCCAGAGGAACUGGGCCUUGACAAAGUAUAAACCCACGGAUGGGCUUCUCAAGGAUUUAUUCAUAAUGCUACUUGAUUGUAAACAGUCACCUGGAAAUACUGAUGAUAACAUAUUACCUUAUUUGAACAAGUUUUCCUUUAUUGAGUACCAAACCAUGUAAUGGUAACUUGGACUUUAAUAAAAGGGAAAUGAGUUUGAACUGAAA